AUGAGCAACAAAUCAGAGACACAAAACUCUCAUAUAAUUGAUAGUGAUCAGGAGGAUGACUUGAUCGUUUUAGCUUAUGAAGAUGUUUCUGAAGGAAUUCAAGCCUGUACACGGAGUCUGUCUGGAAGAAUUUUCUCAGAUCGGAUCUUUUUCGUAGGUACCAUGGAAGGAGCUCUCUAUGCAAUAUGGAAUAAACCAGAAGGAUUUAGAGUAGUCGAAAAAUCCAGGAACCAGUUUCAAUUUUUCUUUGAGAAUGACUCUGAUGUGACUCGAAUUGAGAGAGGUUCACCUUGGUUAUUCAAGAGUUUUGUUAUUCAUGUUCGCAGAUGGAAGCAGUCAAUAAACAUGGAGGAUAAUCACAUCUCUUCUUUUCCUGUAUGGGCACAAUUUUGGGGAUUGCCUGAACAAUACAAAACACUUGAGGUUGGACGAAAAUUGGGUGGGAGACUUGGUCAAAUUGAAGAUGUUGCUCUAUUUGAAGUUAGAGGCAAAGAUACACGCAUAGUGAAGGCUAAAGUCGAACUGAACGGUGAUAAAAGAGUGAGGGAUACACUGAAACUGCUUGAUCCUAAUCAGAAAAUGCUGGAAAUUGGAGUAUGCUAUGAACGUAUAGGUGUGUUCUGUACUUAUUGUGCAAAAUUGGGGCAUGAAUCUAAGAAAUGCCAAUGUUUUAUUGAUGAUUCUGCCCAAAACAAUAUCAAGAAAGAUAAAGUUGGUGAAUGGCUUAAGGUAGAUCAAGUCGGUAGGCGUUUAACUGAAAAGAGAGCUUCCUUCAAUCCUAACCAACCUCGGGAUGGUUCUAUUCCAGCUCAACCGAAGAAAAAAUCUCCACUUGCUUGGCUUGUUGAUAGUUUCUCAAAAAUGAGUGUGCAAGAUGAUCAGAAAAAACAGAAUAAUGAAAAAAUUGCUGCCAAUUUGGAUUCUAGAGAAGAAAAUGAGGGUGAAUCAGAAAACACAGGUACGGCUACUAAUACUAAUUCUUCUUCUAAUGCUUUAUUGGAGAUAUCCUAUCCCAUGAAUAAUGUCCAACACAAUAACAACGUCAUAUCCAAGCUUAAAAAGGAGAAUAAAAAGCCAAACCUGAAACAACUUGCCAGAAAGUCUGUGAUAGGUUUCAAACGGAAGAGUGGAGGUAAUGGUACUGAAGAAAUUUCAAAGAAAAUUUGUCUCAAUGAUAUUGUCUCUGAUGCUAUGACGGUGGAGGGGGAUUUGGCAAUGGCAUGGAGGGACGGUUGCACUGUUCAGAUUUUGCAGCAUGGUAGAUUCUUCAUUGCGGCAUCAGUUCUGACAGCUGGUUCUAAUGAUCCCUAUGGUGUUCUAGGAGUCUAUCUCAGUUCAAAUGAUCAACAUAGAAUGGCUCAGUUUACUGAAUUAACUUCUGUCACGCAACAGUUUGAUGGUAAGGUUGUGUUAAUGGGUAAUUUUAAUGCCAUUUCUAGUCAAUUGGAGAAAGCAGGUGGGGGUGCUAAAUCUCCUUCUUCUAUCGAAACCUUUAACAGUUUUAUUGAUGAUAAUUCUCUGAUUGAUAUUGGUAUGGUCGAAAGACCAUUCACUUGGUCGAAUAGAUGGAGGGGUGAUGAGUUGAUACAGGAAAGACUGGACCGAUUCCUAGUAGGAGUUGAUUGGCAGCAACUCUAUCCCAAUGCAACGGUUCUUAGACUGUCAGAAUCAGGCUCGGAUCACUCCCCUCUUCUCUUAGACUCUAAUCUGAGAACUGAGAGAUCUAAACGCCGAUUCAAAUUCCAAGAAAGAUGGUGUUCCAAUGAUGAAAUAAGGCAGAUUGUUAGAGAGGUUUGGCACGAACAGAUUGAUGGUUCAGCCAUUGACGGUGAAGUGGCUACUUCAAAUGCUGGUAUUGCUUCUGUGGCUGAAUCUUAUUUCAAGGACAUCUUUUCCUCCACUUGUCAUGAGAACCCUGAACCUCUGUUUACUGAUUUUGAACCUAAGGUUACAGCUCACAUGAACCGUAGGCUUCAAAGACCAGUGACUAUGGAGGAAGUGAAACGCGCAACAUUUAGCAUUCAUCCUCAAAAUGCUCCAGGAGAUGAUGGUAUGACAGCAAAAUUUUUUCAAAGCUUCUGGAACAUACUUAGUGGUGAUGUGUUUCGAGCAGUUAAGAGCUUCUUUUCAGGGGGCAGAAUUUUGAAGGGUUUUAAUCACACUCAAAUCUGUCUUAUUCCCAAGAUUUCUGAUGCUAAAGAUAUGACUCAGGACAUUUUUUCCUCCACUUGUCAUGAGAACCCUGAACCUCUGUUUACUGAUUUUGAACCUAAGGUUACAGCUCACAUGAGCUUCAAGCUUCAAAGACCAGUGACUAUGGAGGAAGUGAAACGUGCAACAUUUAGCAUUCAUCCCCAAAGUGCUCCAGGAGAUGAUGAGCAAAAUUUUAUGACAGCAAAUUUUUUUAAAGCUUUUGGAACAUACUUAGUGGUGAUGUGUUUCGAGCAGUUAAGAGCUUCUUUUCAGGGGGCAGAAUUUUGA